AUGGGCUUGAAUUGGAUCACAUCGGCCAAGAACAAGAAGGCAACGGCGAGAUCCCAGCACAACAAGGAUGCCGCAGUCGACCUGCACGAGCUCGCUAGCGUAUCCCGCGCGGCUCAUGCGGUCGGCGAUGGCGCGCAGCUCGUCAACAUCGUCGGGGCGCACGAGGUCGAAAAGGUGGUCGUCGAAGGGCUUGAUGCUGAUGCUGGCGCUACGGGCGGUGUCGAUCUGCUCGCUUGCUGCCGCUUGCCCGUGCCGACGCGCAUCUCCAAUCAGGUGGAGCGCCACCGGCUGCCCGAGAUCGCUUCACGGGGUAGCUGGAACCUCCAAUCCCACACGGGCGCGAGAUCCACCGCCGUCAAUCGCGCCCGCGCGCAUGGUAGCUGCCGCCCGCUGCCCCCGGCUCAGGGCACUAGCGCCAGGACCAUGGAAACUGCGUGCACCACAUUGGCAUCGGUGGAGGAAAUGGGAUUUCCUCUCCCCUCCCCUCCCCGCUCCUCUCGCCUCGCCGCCGUCCCGCCGCCGCCCGACCGCCGAGCUCCCUCGCCGUCGCCCAGCCGCCGAGCUACCUACCCGCCGCCGGAACCGUUGAAGCUCCCGCGCCGGCCAGCGCAGCCCCGCCCCUCGCCGCCAACCGCCUCCCCGUCCGUCCCAGCAGGCAGCGAGAAGGUAAGAGACGCGGAGCACCGCCUCCGCCCUCUCCGUCCUUGCCCCGCUCUUCUAUCGUUCGCCAGGAAGUAG